GAGACUGUGAAAUUCCAUUGGCCCCCCCCCAGCCCCUCCCUCUCCUUUAUAUUCAAGUUUCGCGGCAACGCCUCGCCUCUCUCUCUUUCUCUCUCCUCGCCUCCGCUUUCUCUCUCUAGAAAAAAAAAUCCAACCUUUUCUCUUUCUCCUCUCUUUUUAUCUCUAAAACUAUUUCCCGCUUUGUCCCUCUCCGAUGGUUCAAUUCUCGUUUGCCUAAACCCUACCGCCGAAUUGAAGAUUUUCGAUGGCGCCCACCAGAAAAGCUAAAACCGUGAAACGGUAUUCAAAUUUGAGUGAGGCCUCUCCUGGAGGCAAAAAUAAGCAAGGGAAGAGAAAGUUUACUGAUCAGUUAGGACCGCAGUGGAGCAAGGGAGAGCUUCAGCGGUUCUAUGAAGCCUACCGGAAAUAUGGGCAGAAUUGGAAGAAGGUGGCUGCUGUAGUGCGCAACAGAAAUAUUGAGAUGGUGGAGGCUCUUUACAAUAUGAACCGAGCGUACUUGUCAUUGCCAGAGGGCACAGCUUCUGUUGUUGGCCUUAUAGCAAUGAUGACAGAUCACUAUAAUGUUAUGGAAGGCAGUGAAAGUGAACGGGAAAGCAAUGAUGCUAUAAGAUAUUCUCGGAAACCCCAGAAACGUAAACUUGGUAAAGAUAGUGUGUCGAAAGACAUGUUCCAGCCUCAUUCUACUGCUUCAGUAGAUGGAUGCCUAUCACACUUAAAACGAAGAAGACUUGAUGGUAACCAGCCUCGUGCAGUUGGGAAGAGAACACCACGCUUCCCAGUUCAAUAUUCAUCUAAGAAAGAUGAUGGAGAAAAUUAUGCUUCUCCAAUUAGAAAGGGCCGGAAAUCAGAGGCAGAUAAUGAGUAUGAUGUCGCCAAGGUUGCAGCAUUAUUAACUGAGGCUUCUCACAGAGGAGGCUCUCCCCGACUUUCGCAAACACCAUAUAGAAGAUUUACUGUUCAGAGCUCGCAAAGAAUGCAGCCACCAUCAUGGAAAGCUCGAGCCGACCUUCGUGAUGCUUCAAUGGAAGAAGACUGUCUGGAAGGUAGCGUAGGAAGUAGAGGGGCUGAAACUGGAGAUUAUACCAGAGAUAGUAGCUCCUUGAUGGACAUGGAAGGUGUAGGUACAGUAGAAAUUAGGAGGGGAAAGAAAGUUUAUGGAAAGAAAGAGAAAGUUAAAGACAUUGGAAACCAUCAAUUUGAUGAUGGUGGUGAAGCAUGUAGUGGCACUGAAGAAGGACUUCAUGUCAGUACCAAGGGAAAAACUGAUAUUGAAGUUUCAGAUGCUAAAGGAGAUCAGUUUUACUCACAAGUUCCAAGGCAGGAAUGCGGGAAACCAUAUUUUGGAGAUGAUAGUGCAGAACUGGAUGCUCUGGAAGCUUUGCACACUUUGGCUGAUUUGUCAUUGAUGAUGCCAGCGUCCACAAUGGAAUCUGGGUCCUCAAUGCAGUUGAAGGACGAAAGAACAGCUUCCGAGAUGGAAGAAAAAUCUAAUAUGCCUGAAUCCACAUCUACCAGCCAAUUUAGAAACAAGAAUAAGCUCCCAGGGGGGAAACAGAGAGAACCCAUUGCAGAUUCUCGAACUGAGGGUACUAAUGCCAAAAAAUCCAAACUUGCAAGGGACUCGACACCCAUUGAUAUCAAUGUUGUCUCCGAAUCAGAACAGCUCCACUCUACCAGCAAAUCAUGGAGAAGGAAGCGGAAACCCACAGUAUCAAAGAUAUCAAAUGCCGAAGCAAAUAUUGAUUCUACUGUGAAUGAACCUUCAUAUUCUGAGGUCUUUGGUCAAGAAGAGAAUAAAUCAGUGGUUAAAGGGAGACGUACUGGUCAAAUCUCCACUCCUUCAAAACAAUGGAAGUCGGUCAGACCAGGGGACGGCUCUUUGAAUAGUGAUUUUGGGCAAACAGUGAGUAAUGUAAUGGUAGCAACUGCAGAAGGUCGACCCACUGCAAAGCAAGUUCAUUCCCCAACUAAACAAAGUAGACGUAAACGGUAUCUACCCAGAGCAACGGUGCCCAAGUCAUCUGAGAACAUAUUAAAAACUCAACUUCAUAAACACUCCAACUCACUGCAGGACAGAAUUCUCUAUCUAAAGGAGAAGAUGUCUUGUUGCUUGUCAUCACAUCUGGUACGUAGAUGGUGCACGUUUGAGUGGUUUUAUAGUGCAAUUGAUUACCCUUGGUUUGCCAAAAGAGAGUUUGAGGAGUACUUAAAUCAUGUUGGACUUGGACACAUUCCGAGGCUAACUCGUGUUGAAUGGGGUGUGAUUAGAAGUUCCCUGGGAAAACCUCGGAGGUUUUCUGAGCACUUCCUAUCUGAAGAAAGAGAGAAACUUAAACAAUAUCGGGAAUCUGUGAGAAAACAUUAUGCUGAACUCCGCACUGGUGUUAGGGAGGGACUUCCAACAGAUUUGGCAAGACCUUUAUCAGUUGGACAACGUGUCAUCGCUCUUCAUCCCAAAACAAGAGAAGUUCACGAUGGAAGUGUGCUCACUGUUGAUCACGAUAAGUGCAGGGUUCAGUUUGAUCGUCCAGAGAUAGGUGUUGAAUUUGUCAUGGAUGUGGAUUGUAUGCCUUCAAACCCAUUGGAUAACAUGCCUGAAGCCCUUAAGAGACAGAAUAUUGCUUUUGACAAAUUCCCUCUCACAUUACCCCAUAUGAAUGGGAAUUUAAAUUUUGAAAGACCUGUGAUGAAUGUUUCAAGUGGGCUUUUGGAGAAAGAUCCCAGCCCCAUGAAUACUUCCUUACCGCAGGGAAAGGGAGAUACAAACCAUAUAAUUUCACAACCAAAAGGAGCAUCUGUUGAUAUUGCUGGUGCACAGACAGCGGUUAGUCAACCUGGCGUGGUGGCACACAAUCAAGCAAGGGAAGCUGAUAUACAAGCUCUUUCAGACCUGAAUCGUGCUCUUGACAAAAAGAAAGCAUUGUUGAUGGAGCUUAGCACAAUUAAUAACAUCCUGGAAAACCAGAACAGUGGAGAAUGCUCUUUAAAAGAUUGCGAUAAGAAGCAUUACGCCACAGUACUUGUACAGCUAAAGGAAGCCAGUGGCCAGGAAUCUUCUGCUUUGCUUAAUUUGAGGCACCGAAAUACUUACCCUGGAAAUACCCUGCCUCCUUCGCUGAAAUACCCAACGAAUUCCACAGUCUAUGGGAGCCUCCCUAGUUCCUUUGAUAUAUCUACUUCUCAAGAGUCAGGAUCCAGCGUUGCUGAAAUUGUAGAAGUUUCAAGAUUGAAAGCACAUACUUUGGUAAAUGCUGCUGUUCAGGCAAUGUCAUCAAGGAAGGAAGGGGAAGAAGCUUAUGUAAGGGUAAGGAGAGCUCUUGAUUCCAUCAAUAUUCAGAAUCUGACAUCAGACUCUAGGUCAGCAGUCAACAGGACUCAAGAGCAGGUCAAUGGCACAUUGGGACAUCGCAACCAGUUGACUUCCGUUGCAUCAGAGCCCAACACUAGUGAUUCAUCUGGUCCCAAGUUACAUACUGAGACGGAUAAAAAUGAAUCACAGAUGCUUUCGGAGGUUAUCACUGCUUGCGUCAUGGCUAUGAACAUGAUACAGACAUGUACUGAACGACAAUAUCCUCCGGCUGUUGUGGCUCAAGUAUUAGAUUAUGCAGUCACAAGCUUGCAUCCACGUUGUCCCCAAAAUGUUGGAAUGUACAGAGAAAUUCAAAUGUGCAUGGGCAGAAUCAAGACCCAGAUAUUAGCACUCGUGCCAACUUGAGUAUUAGACUCUCAUUGAUUCCUUGGAGUCAUUCUGAUCGCCUAAGUUAUUACCAACUGCCAAAAGCAACUCGAGAAUUGCUUGGUUAUUCCCAAGAAACCUGUGAAUUAGAAGCACCUUCCUGUGUAUACAUAAUACAUACGCCUAUAGCAUAUUGGUCUUCAUCUUGGUUUCCAGCUCUUUUUCUUCCCAUUUUUCAUUUCUAACUUGUAUGUGAUAUCCCCUGGGCAUAAAUAAAUAGGGUGAUGAUUAUUUACAGAUGCGAGAGCAAUCAUCCCACCAUUGAUUACUGACCGACUGUAACUCAGUUAUGUCGAAAUCUAUUAUUUCCUUUA